CAGAGCAUUUUCCAUCAACCCUCUUUUAUAUACUUCUAUAGUCUGUCAAGGACUUCUUCCUUCUUUCAAAUCGUAUAUAUACAAAAAUGGGGUAUCGAAAAUUUUCCAGGUUCGAUUUACUUUUCUUGAUUAUAGUUUUUGAUGUGGUGAGUGCAGAAAAUGGUGGACAAAUUUUGAACGAUCGAGCUUCCCUUGUAUCAUUCAUGUCUCAAAUCACUGAUGACCCUAAAAAUGCUUUAAAGAAUUGGAACUCUUCUGAUGUAUGCAAAUGGUCAGGUGUAACUUGUGACAAGAAUGGGACUAGAGUUGUAAAGCUUGUUUUAAGUCAAAAAUCGCUACGUGGAACUAUUGCACCAUCUCUAUCCAAGCUUUCCUACUUGUUGAUUCUUGAUCUGUCUGAGAACUUCUUUGAAGGUCGCAUCCCUGCUGAACUUGGUUCUCUUUCCCUACUUCAAGAGAUCAGCUUAUCAUCCAAUAGUCUUGAAGGAUACAUUCCAACUGAAUUUGGAUUUCUUCAUCAAUUAACGUAUCUAAAUUUUGGAAGUAACAAGCUAACAGGUGACAUGCAUAUGUCACUUUUUUGUAACGCCUCUUCUUCUCUUAAGUAUUUAGACCUCUCCAACAAUUCACUUGCUGGUGAAAUCCAUUUGAAUAGUCAAUGCGAGUUUAAAGAGCUGAAAUAUCUCCUCCUUUGGUCGAACCAUCUUGUGGGCAAAGUUCCUCAAGCCAUUUCAAACUCUUCAAAACUAGAAUGGCUCGACUUGGAGUCGAAUUCACUAACCGGGGAGUUACCAUCCAAGAUUCUGAGUAAAAUGGUAAACUUGAAAGUUCUGCAGUUGUCCUACAAUCAAUUCUCGAGUCAUAACGGUAACACUGACCUCAAACCAUUUUUUGCUUCUUUAGCUAAUUGCUCUAACUUGCAAGAACUCGAUAUGGCGGGAAAUCAUCUUGGGGGAGAGUUGCCUUCUAUUAUUGGUACUCUCUCUACUAAACUUGCACAGAUAAAUCUUGAUGAUAAUCAUAUUUAUGGUCCAAUUCCUCCAGAAAUUUCAAAUCUUGUCAACCUCACUCUACUGAACUUGUCUAGUAAUCUCCUCAAUGGUUCGAUCCCUCCUGAACUUUGUCAACUGGAGACACUGGAGAGACUGUAUCUAUCGAAUAACUCACUCUCCGGCCAUAUUCCAUCAGCUUUUGGAAAUGUUCCCCAUUUAGGCCUUCUUGAUUUGUCGAGAAACGAACUCUCUGGUACAAUCCCUGAUAGCUUUGCUAACCUUUCUCAGCUAAGAAGGCUUUUGCUUUACGACAAUCAGCUCUCAGGUACAAUCCCACCAAGCCUAGGAAAAUGCAUUAACUUGGAAAUUCUCGACCUUUCUUGCAAUAGGAUUUCAGGGACAAUUCCAAGUGAAGUUGCAGGUUUGAGUAGUUUGAAACUAUACUUGAACUUAUCCAGCAAUCACCUGCAUGGGCAUAUUCCCCUAGAGAUGAGUAAAAUGAACAUGGUUCUAGCCAUUGACCUAUCAUCAAACAACCUCUCGAGCACGAUCCCCUCCCAACUUGGAAGCUGUAUUGCUCUAGAGCACCUCAACCUUUCGCAAAAUAUUUUUGAGGGGCCGCUGCCUGAAUCUAUAGGAAACUUGCCGUAUCUCAAAGAACUUGAUGUGUCCUUCAAUCAGUUAACAGGGGAGAUACCGAACUCUCUGCAGGCUUCGUCUACUUUGAAGAAACUGAAUUUUUCUUACAACAGCUUCUCUGGGAACAUAACAAACAGUGGUGCAUUUUCGUCACUAACCAUCCAAUCUUUCCUAGGGAAUAAAAGGCUUUGUGGUUCAAUUGAAGGCAUGCGAAGUUGUCACAGAAAACAAAUUCGCCAUUUAUUAGUGGCAAUUCUCUUUUCAUUACUCAUCACUCCUAUAUUCUGCAUCGCUGGAUAUCCUCUAGUACAUGGAUCAAAAUUCAGGAGGCAAUCACCGGUUUUUAAUCUGAAGGGCAUUGAAGAUGAAGAAGAAGCAAUAGGAAAAGAGAGAAAAUACCCAAAAAUUUCUCAUCGACGACUCAUUGAAGCCACAGGAGGAUUUAGUCCAUCAACACUAAUUGGGUCAGGUAGAUUUGGUCAUGUUUAUAAAGGAGUUCUUCAAGAUAACACAAGGAUAGCUGUGAAAGUUCUGAACUCUAAGGCAGAUGGCGACAUUUCCGGGAGCUUUAAAAGGGAAUGCCAAAUUUUGAAAAGAAUCAGGCACAGAAAUUUGAUCAGGAUUAUAACAAUAUGCAACAGGCCAGAUUUUAAGGCCAUCGUCCUUCCGCUGAUGCCAAAUGGAAGCCUCGAAAAUCACCUGUAUCCAAGCCAUGAACUGAAGUGCAGAUUGGAUUUGGUUCAGCUUGUAAGCAUUUGCAGUGAUGUGGCUGAAGGGAUGGCCUAUCUGCAUCACUAUUCACCAAUGAAAGUGGUGCAUUGUGAUCUUAAGCCGAGCAAUAUUCUCCUUGACGACGAUAUGACAGCUUUGGUCACUGAUUUUGGCAUCUCAAGAUUGGUAAAAGUUGCCGAUGAGAAUGUUUCCAUCAAUGAUUCAGCAACUUAUUCCUUCGGCUCUACGGAUGGUUUGCUUUGUGGUUCAGUUGGUUAUAUUGCACCAGAAUAUGGAAUGGGAAAGCACGCAUCGCCUCAAGGAGAUGUUUAUAGCUUUGGGGUUCUUCUGUUAGAGAUUGUGGCAGGGAGACGCCCAACGGAUAUCCUUAUAAAAGAAGGUUCAAGUUUGCACGAAUGGGUUAAAAAUCACUAUCCGAACAGGCUUGAGUCAAUUCUUGAAGGAGCAAUAGAAAGGUGUGCACCAUGUGCUACAAUUCAAGGUGACAGCAGCAAGAUAUGGCGAGACGUGGUCAUGGAACUGAUCGAACUCGGAUUAAUCUGCACGCAGUACAAUCCUGCCAACAGACCAACCAUGCUAGAUGUAGCUCAUGAAAUCAGUCUUCUGAAGCAGUAUCUUUAUAGUCCUUCGAACUUGCUCAUUAAAUAAGCAUCAAGAAACUAAAAUAUUUUUGUGUCAAGAAUGGCAACAAAAAAAUUCUGCAAUUCUAAUUUUUCUGUUAUUUAUGCUUAUUAUAGCCAGGACUAAACUAUUUCAGGUGGAUUCAAAUUUUCAUUGUCAUGGAGUUAUUUAGAAUUUUAUCUUUAAACUUGGCAAGCAGUCAUUUCCAGUGUUUGCAUAA